AUGAUAAGAACCUGUUAGCAUAUUAAAAUAUUUACUUUUGAUUACUAUUUUAAAUGAAUGUUUUAUAUUCGUUUUUAUAAUCAUAUAUAAUAGAAAAUGGAUCAAACCAAACAAACGUUAAAAUCUAUACCAUUAUUAAAAACAAAAGCUGGGCCUCGAGAUGUUGAUUUAUGGCCUCAAAGGUUAAAGGAAGAGUAUCAAUCACUUAUUCAAUAUGUACAAAAUAACAAAGCAGCUGAUAAUGAUUGGUUCAGAUUAGAAUCUAACAAAGAAGGCACUAAAUGGUUUGGAAAAUGCUGGGUUUUUCAUGAUCAGUUAAAAUAUGAAUUUGACAUUGAAUUUGAUAUUCCUGUGACAUUUCCUACAACUGCUCCUGAGAUCGCAUUACCAGAAUUAGAUGGGAAAACAGCCAAAAUGUAUAGAGGAGGAAAAAUUUGUUUAUCGGAUCAUUUUAAACCCCUUUGGGCUAGAAAUGUACCAAAAUUUGGUAUCUCUCAUGCUUUAGCUCUUGGUUUAGGACCUUGGUUAGCUGUUGAAAUUCCAGAGUUGAUUCAACGAGGAGUAGUGCAAUAUAAAGAAAAAGAUGAAACCAAGUAAUUUCUAUUCAAAUUCUAUGAAACUGAUAAGAAUUUUAAAAACAUAAUGGUAUAAAAGCAAAGGAUAAAUAAUCAAGUAUUAUUUUUAACUUUGCAAUUUUUUUUUUUCUAUUAACUUUUUGUUAUAUUUUGUUUGUUUAAGAUAUUUUUUGGAAAUUAAAAUUAUCUGUGUAAUAAAAAAUAUUAAAACGUUUA